AUGGGACAACUAGCUAGUAAACUUGAUUUUUUAAAACUACGCCGCUUUUGCGGUGGUGGCAACAAAGCCGCAUCCACCAAUACAACUAAUACCUCAGAUGAAGAAGGAUUUCGUAUCGUUGGUGGUAGAAAAUUUCAUGAUCCAAAUACUAUUAAAUACCCUUAUCCUGUUGACGAUGAAGAAUCAGAUAGAUUACAUUUACAACAUUUUUGGACGAGAUAUAUUUGGCAGAGCAAUUUUUCUGCACCUAUUGAAAACCUUUUAAAUUAUCAUGAACCUACUAUACUCGAUAUUGGUUAUCCCAAUGCUAAUAUUGUUGGUCUAGACAUAACAGUACAACAACCGACGCAAAUUAAACCUUCAAAUUUCACUUUCGUUAAAGCAAAUGUCUUGGAUGGUUUACCAUUUGAUGAUAAUACAUUUGAUUAUGUGUUUCAACGAUAUAUGAUUGGUGGAUAUCCUAAAGAAAAAUGGCCAUUUGUUAUUAAUGAAUUGGUCAGAGUCUUAAAACCAGAAAUUGCAGCAAUGGGUAAACGAGGUACUGAUUCAGAAACAAGUAAAAAACUAAAAAUAUACCUGGAAAAUCAAGGAGAGUUAGAAAACAUCACAAAAGAAGUAAGAGCUUGCUAUCAUGGUGAAAGAGCUAACACCCCUGGAAUUGGCAAAGCA